AUGAAUGAAGUCGUUUCAAACCAGUUAAAUACUAAUGGUACUAUGACACCAACUGACCCAGGAGAAGAACAUUUAUCAUCAGCUUCAUUUGUUUUUCAACAACCUGUAAACGAUGGUCAACAAGAAAAAACACCUCAUUAUCAACUAAAAGCACCAUUGUGUAUAUCGCAACGAUAUGAAGAAGAAUUUUUUGAUCAUUUUCAUAUGAAUUAUUUUGGUAAACUUGAACGUGAAGGUUUAUUUUUAGCUUCUGUUCGAUCUAUUAGAAUAAAACCAUAUGAAAUACGUCGACAACUAUCAUCUUAUUAUUCAGUAACAAAUGAUGACGAAAAUGAACAUUUAGUUCAAGCCAUUAUUCGCACACAGGAGAACAACUAUGAUGUAUCAGGAAUAAUCAAUAUCAAAAAAGAAGACAAUAUUUUACAAUUUCUAUUAGACAAAACUGAAUUAUCACCUAUUUGUCAGGUUGAGCUUGUUCACGAUAUCAAAGCAAAUGAAAAAAUUCUUGAGUUUGAUAAAUAUAAUGAUGAACAACUUUCAAUUAAAGUUGGUAUUGUUUAUCAAGAUUUAAAUCAAUCAAAUGAAAUUGAAAUAUUACGUAACAAUCAUAUGUCAAUUGAAAUGGAAAAUUUUCUAAAUUUAAUUGGUGAACUUGUUCAAUUAAAAAAUUUUAAUAAAUUUCGUGGUGAUCUUGAUAUAAAAACAGAUCAACAUGGGCUAUAUUCUUAUUUUUCUACUUAUCAAAAUCAUCAAAUUAUGUUUAAUGUAGCACCAAUGAUUCCAUCGGAUAAAAAUGAUCUCGAAUUAAUUCAGCGAAAAAGUUUAAUUUCUAAUGCAUUAAUAUGUAUUGUUUUUCAAGAAGAAAAUAGUCUUUCAUUUCAACCAGAUUUUUUUCUUGGAAAAGUAACACAAGUCUAUAUUAUAGUACAACCAAUUCAAAAGCAAUCCAAUCUUUAUUAUAAAAUUGAAAUUUGGCGUCGUAAGGAUAUUGAACCAAUAGUUGAACCAUCUGGUGGCAUAUUUAAACAUGAUAAAUCAUUUCGUGAAUAUUUUCUUACAUUAAUUUUAAAUACAAUGAAUACAAUUUUAAAAAAAGAUUUUUUUCACAAACGUAUUAUUGAACAAAGAUAUCGUUUAAAGAAUGAAUAUCUUACGAAACUUUUUCAAAUAUUUUAUUCUUAUUCUAAACAUGAUUUAUCAACGUUAUCUGACAAUGAUGAUGAUGUACCUACAGAAUACGCAACAUAUAAACAUCUUCAAGUUCCCAAAAUAACAAGAAUGAUGGGAAAAUUAAACGUUCAUAAUCGAUCAAAACAACCUGUUCGUUAUUUAGCAAGUACGGAAAGUAUGAAUCUACCAGACAUUGUAACAUCACCAACAAUAACAAAACAAAAUCCUUGGAUGCAUCCACAUUCGCCAAGUAGAGCCGAAUCUCCAUCGUCAUCAUUCAUUGGUGUUAUUUCUCAAGAAGAAGAAGAAGAAGAAGAAGAAGAAGAUCCAAGGUCAACAAAAGCAAUUUCAUCAUUAGUUACGAAUACAAUAAAUUAUAUAGGACCGAAUCCUGAAAUGUGA